GUUGAAAGCUUAGGAUGGCGGACCUUCAGUUUUUUCAGACCCAUUCGCCUCCAGACAUGCGGGUUUCUUGUCCGUGGGAAGUGCCCUCUUUUUUCUUCUCAGCUUCUCCUGAGUCCUUUGGGUCCCUUUUCCCUGCCAAGCUCUUCUCUUGACUAGCUUCAUUUCUUCUUGGCUCCUUUUCUUCAUUCCAUCCUUAGUUGAGUUUCUUGUGGAUUCUCCCCUCCCCUCCCUUCCUAGUCUCUAGAACUCCCGGGUUUCCAAGGCGGUUUACAGGAGAAGGCGGGUUCUCUAACUUUUAAAAAAAGCCUGGGUAGCUGGAUCUUGCCUCCAACUUAAUUUGCUUCCUCUCUCGCCCUCCCCGCUCCCCGUAGCUAUUUAACCUCCUAUAUAUUUCCUCUCCCCCACCGCUAUUUGGCUGAAGCUGUGCUGGUCACAGUUGCUUAUCAUCACUUACAUUCAGAUUAAGGAUCCCUACAAAUUCCGUGGCUUCAGCAUUUCUUGGAUUCGUGGUAAGGCCCGCAAAAGCGUGGAAGAUUGGCUGCACUUUGUUGCCUGAAGUCUUGGGUGAGUGGGGGGCAGUAGGAGAGGCACUGGGGACUGCUUCUUGGGGUUGGCUGCCUAGGGUCCCUAUUGGUGUUCUGCCACUUUUUGCAGGUUUCUUUUUUGCUUUGUUUUUGCCUCAGGUGUGCCCUCUCCUUCUAGAUUCCUAAGCUUCAUCCCUCUCUCUCACUAUGGCAGGGCACUUGGGUCGAGAACUGGGGCGUUCGUACCCUUUCCCUGUCCAAAGCCUCCAUCUGAAUAACCUUCCUGCUGUUUCCCAUCAUGAAACUGCUGGGGGCUUCUUGCCUGAAGCCUUCAAUGGGGCCCCUCCUGGGCAGGGCUACGGAUUUAAGCCUGACUAUGGGCCUCAGGGAGGGGUGGUGGAAUCCCUCCCUGGUGGAGGAGAUGCUCCCAGAGUUUGGUACCCUUUCUCAGCUGCUGGGGAUGCUUGGGGUCACCAUCCUGGGGUGGUGAUGGGGCCUUAUGGGGUCCUUCAGUCUGGAGAGGCCUGCCCAGGCCCAAAACCUGAGAUCAAGGUGGAACAAGACUGUGACCAGCCAGGGCCCUACUAUGGACAGUCCUGGGCUGGAGGCUGCCUUGUGCCUCCCACCUUAGCCCGUACAGGGGCACCUGGCAACAGCCGGGAGACCAUGUCACCUGGCUAUGAUCUCCAGCCUCCCAGCAGCCCUGCAAGCCAGCCUGAGAAGGUUGGCAGCGCUGACAGCAGCCCCGGAAGAAGUGAUGGCAGCAGGAGCCCUGAGGAGCCCAUUAUAGUCUCUGGAGAAGUCAAAGAAGAAGUGGGCAGCGGCGAUGAGGAGAUUCCCACCUCAGAAGAAAUGGAACAGUUUGCCAAGGAACUGAAGCACAAAAGAAUCACUUUGGGCUUCACUCAGGCAGAUGUGGGACUUGCCCUGGGUGUGCUGUAUGGGAAGAUGUUCAGCCAGACUACCAUCUGUCGCUUUGAGGCCCUGCAGCUCAGCUUCAAGAACAUGUGCAAACUGAAACCGCUCCUUCAGCGCUGGUUGCAUGAGGCAGACAGCAAUGAAAACCUCCAGCAGUUAUGUGCUUCGGAGUCUGCCUUGAUCCAGGCUCGGAAACGCAAACGUACAAGCAUUGAGACUACUGUGAGGGGCUCACUCGAGACUUACUUCCUGCGCUGCCCCAAGCCCAACCUACAGGAGAUCUCGCAGAUUGCUGAUGACCUCCACCUGGAGAAGGAUGUUGUCCGUGUUUGGUUCUGCAAUCGCCGCCAGAAGGGAAAACGCAAUUUAGGAGCUGGCUCUCGGGAUGAAUAUGACAGUUCUCCUCUACCACCGAAUUUCCCUCAUGGGCCACUUCAAGCUCAACCCCCUGGGCUCAGCCCCACCCACCACCAGCUAGCCCCUCCUCCUCACCCACAGGGCUACAACACGGCUGCUUUUGCAGCCCUUUACCUCCCCCAGUUCCAUGAAGGAGACCCCUUUGUCCCCCACACAUCUGGCGCCCCAGUUAUGGGCCAUACAAUGCAUUCAAGCUGAAGGGUCCUUUGACAAACCUCUCCUUUCUACUUUUUAAUCACAGGGAGGGUGCCACCUUUAGAUUUUUUUUUUUUGUAACCAGGGGGUCACUUGGGAAGGGGGGAAGCCUUAUUUUUUUUAUCUUGCUUUUGUCUUUUAAACCAGGGAUUCAGGACUUCUUGGUGUAUUCUUGUCAGUUGUCAUGUCUUGGUGUAUUCUUGUUAGGGAACAUGGAUAAGACUUCCCACACCCAAGAAUGCAAGGGGAUGUGGUAUCUAAUUUACUGUUAUCAUGGUUAUAGAUCAAAUACCUCUGAGCUGCAAGGUGCUUUUCAUCGAUUAUAUGCUAUUCACCGUUAAAUCUGUCAUAAUUCCUUUGAAGGAGACUGUCAACCAGUUGUUACUGCUUUUUUCCUUUCCCCCUGUAGAAUAAAGAAUAUCCUGUUUUCAGGAUAUCAUACAUGGUCAGGAUUAAGAGAAGAACUUUUAAAGUAAUAUUCCACCAUUGAAAUGUGGGAUUUGUAAGUACUGGAACUAUAGUCACAUCAACUUACAGAUGUCAAAACCAUUCCCAGACUGUCUCACUGUAAGUUGCAGGUGGGGAUGGUGGGGCUGCAGUGCCUCCCUGCAUGGGGAGAUUGUUGCCUCCAGUGGGAAGGGAUAGGCUAUGACCUCUUAUCCCUCCUGACAUAUAGCUGCCCCCCUCAUGGGAAGUAUAUUCUGAAAGAAUUCAUUCUGGGCUAUAUUGUAUCUUGUGUGUGCUAUUUUGGCAUGUGCUAGUUCAGUGACUGGAUCAAGUUUAUUUUGACUAGGUAUUUGUCCUCCAGAAGCUGUAGACGUAGCAGUGAGCAGAAUGAGUGGUUGGGUUUAGGGAGAACCAUUAGCGUGGGUUCUAUAAAGAUUCCUUUUCCAUUCUCCUACACGGCUAUUAUUUUCCAAUCUCAAUCAAUAUGGAGGAAGAGACAUUAGUUUUGAAGCCCGUGUGUGUGUCUGUUGUCUUUGGAGAUGUAUAAUGGUUUUUGAAGGUCCCUCUGGCUGGGUUGAGGAAUGACUGAAUUCUCAUGUGGACCUUUUUGCCUGUCCCUGAAAAUCCAGGCUGCUCUUUGAUGCUGUAAAUUACCCACAUUAAAAGGUGCAGCGCAAACUACUAAGGCAGAAAGUUUUGAAUGGAAUCUUCUGUCUUAUCUUGCUCCAUUCAUAAAUCCGUUAAACCCUUUGCAGCAAUAUUAAUCUGGUAGGGAAGUGUUUAUCAUUUUUCCCACACAUCCUUACCUCUUCAAUGCGUAUUGUUGCCUCUGGUGUGUAAUUUGAGAUGGUCUUUUUUAAAACCCAAAUUCAUGAUUUACCUUGAGAUUGUUUAUGAAAUUUAAAUUUGUUCUUGAUGUUCUGUUUUGUUUACAUAAUGAAACUUAAAUUUGUUCUGUUCUACGUAUACAUUUCUCAUAACAGCCCCCAAUUAAAAUUGCUAAUCUUA